GUCUUGACAAGGAAACGUGCAUGAUCCCUGUGCCCCCCCAGCAGCAGGUGGAGCCUGCACAAUCCUACAGCCUUCUGACUGAAAACCUCAUCUUCACACAGCUCACCAUGCACCUUGGCUUCAACAGACUCCAUGAGCAGAUGGUCAAGAUGAACCAGUCUCUCCACCGGCUCCAGGUGACUUGGCAAGAUGCCCAGCGAACAGGAAACCCCAUGUCAGAGCAGCUCCUGGAGCAGUUUGAGCGUCUGAUGGUUGUUUAUCUGUCAACAAAAGCUGCCACCACACAGCCCACCAUGCUGCAAUGCUGCCUUAACCUGCAAGCCUCCACCGCUGCUCUGCUUGUUCAGCUCAGUAUGGGAAACCAGGGGCCUGAGCAUGUAGCACUCAGCUUCCCCCUGCCCUUGCUGCAGAACACCAUGCUUUGCUAUACACCAGAGUUUUUUGCAGAAAACUUGGGAGACUUUUUCAUCUUCCUGCGACGUUUUGCAGAGGAUGUCUUGGAGACAUCUGCAGAAAGUUUGGAGCAGAUUCUUAACUUCAUUACUGUCUUUAUGGGUAAUGUAGAGAGGAUGAAGAACCCCCAUUUAAGAGCCAAGCUUGCCGAGGUGUUGGAGGCAGUGAUGCCCCACAUGGAGCCUCUGGCUCCUGGUGCUGCUCAGCCAAUCAUGUGUCAGAGGGAGAGGGUCUUCUGCUCUUAUAAACACGCACCUCAACUGGCCGAAGCCCUCAUCACCGUGUUCGUUGAUAUAGAAUUUACAGGUGACCCUCAUCAGUUUGAACAGAAAUUCAACUACAGGAGACCUAUGUAUCCAAUACUCAAGUACAUGUGGAGCAAAGACAGUUACAGAGAGAGCAUCAAGCAUUUAGCAAACUAUGCAUCUGAGAACCUGGAGGCCAUGAACCCCCCUCUGUUCCUCAGGUUCCUCAAUUUACUGAUGAACGACGCCAUCUUCCUACUGGACGAGGCUAUUCAGUACUUAAGUAAAAUCAAGAUUCUGCAGCUGGAACGGGACCGAGGGGAGUGGGAAGGACUGGCCCCUGAUGCUCGAAGAGAGAAAGAGUCCAGCCUGCAGAUGUUUGGACAGCUGGGACGCUUCCACAACAUCAUGUCCAACGAGACCAUCGGCACACUGGCCUUCCUUACCUCAGAAAUCAAGAGCAUCUUUGUGCACCCUUUCCUGGCUGAGAGGAUCAUCUCGAUGCUAAACUACUUUUUGCAGCACCUGGUUGGUCCUAAGAUGGGCGCGCUUAAAGUCAAGGACUUCAGCGAAUUUGACUUCAAGCCCCAGCAGCUCGUUUCUGACAUCUGUACCAUCUACCUAAAUUUAGGUGAUGAGGAGAAUUUCUGUGCUACAGUCCCAAAGGAUGGACGUUCGUACUCUCCUACCCUCUUCUCCCAGACGCUGCGUGUGCUGAAGAAGAUCAACAAACCUGGUGACAUGAUUGUGGCUUUUGGUCUCCUUGCUGAUAAAAUAAAGUCACAUGCAGACAGGCAACAGCAGGAAGAGGAAACCUUUGCAGAUGCUCCAGAUGAGUUCUUGGACCCCAUCAUGUCCACGCUGAUGCUGGAUCCUGUUCUUCUCCCUUCUUCUAAUGUAACAGUGGACCGCUCAACCAUAGCCAGACAUCUCCUCAGCGACCAGACAGACCCUUUCAACCGCAGUCCUCUUACCAUGGACCAGAUCAGGCCCAACAAGGAACUCAAACAGCAGAUCUUACAGUGGCUGGAUAAGCAUAAGCAGGAGAAGCUGCAGCUGGGACCCAGCGGCUAGCCCUCGCCUAUUUCCUGUGAAAAACUCUUUCCUCCCUGGCUCACACACACUGCUUCACGGCAAACCCUUAAAAUCCAGUGUGCUUACCUCUGUGGAUUUUCCCCGACUUCUCUCCUCCAGCUGACGUUGCAUUAGCCUUUUCAUGCUUAACGGAUCAUCUCUGCAACAAACUAUAUCCCACCUGCUGGUAACAACUUGAGAAUCAAUGCACGGUGACGGCUCUAUGAUCCCAAGCUGCCCUGCUGUGUAGACACCGGCAGAACGACGCAGCCUCUGCUGCUGUGAUUACUACAGUCAGAACUGUGGGCAGAAUGAUCAGCAGCUGCCUCAGAUUUGCUUUUAUAACGCAAGGUAAGUAUUUUUGGGAACUCUAAAAUAACAUGUUUGUUUGUACUUUCAAACUGAUUCCACUCAUAAAGAAAAUAUCUAAUAUACACUGCCUCUCAAAGACUACUAUAUGAUUGCACAUUUAUGAGUAAAUCUCAGACGAGCUGUAAAAGAUCUGCUUCUCUGAGACUUAACCGAAUGAAGACGUUCUACUUUUUUCAGGCUUUCAAACCUUAUUUUCUGCAGGGGGUGUUUUGACGCAGUAAACCGGAGAAUUAAUUUAUGGAAGAUGUGGGGUUAAAAAGAUUUACGCUUCGAAAUGUUUUAAGGCUCGCUAAAUCGAAAGAAACCCAAAUCGAUCUGAAUAAAAGCAAAACGGCAAGAUUUGUAGACAUUUUAGUUUUGGUUGUAAAUGUGGACGCUGUUUACAGCUGUUGCUAAAUCCUGAGCGUCGCUGCCAAAAUAACAGCGCAGCAUACUGUAGAAGUGAGGAAACCCUUGGAAGAGAUUUUUGUUACGACCCGUCUAUAACGUUAAAGAUCCUUCAGUGUUUUUAGAAAUGAUCCUUCAGAGCUGCAGAGGACGUUUAUGCAGGCUGACUAGCGCUGCGACCUUCAUGUGUGAAAUUUGAAUGAGCGCCUUUUUGACGC